UAUGACGAGUGUUUCCGCGGUCUCUACGUGUUAGGUAUCCAUUAAACUAUUAGUACGGUUUUGGUACCCGGACUAUUCGAAUGCUACCAUUAAAAAGCUAUCAAUCGUCUUCGACCCAUAAUAGCUAUAAUAUAGACACCACUGCCUAUACUAACAUUCUAAUAUUGGUGUAGCCGUCAAGUGGCCUCAGUCGGGCGAAGAAGUCUUUCCGCUUCCCGAUUAAAAGAAAACCAGUACAUAAGACAAACAUCAUGAGCGAAACAUCGCCCAGAGGAAACGAAGGGGAUUCGAGAUCCGUUAUACAAGAAAACGUCACUCGAAUCGUGUACGUGAACAAACCACACGUGGAAACAACGACAGCGGCGGUCUCGGCGAUCACCACGUCCUCCUCGCACUACGACCAAAGCUCGUCGGACUCGACCACUAUUUGCACGCUCAACAACGUGCUGCCGCCAAUGAGUUACGACUACCAACACCAUCAUCCACCGUUGGCCAGCCUCCAGAUCGGCGGGCCCGUGGUUCCGCCGCCAGCACCCGUGUACGGCACGUCCCCCGACGAACAUCAGUACUCGCCCACGGUGGCAGGCGUCGGCAGCGGCACCAACUGUUACAUGCAGACCGAGGUCAAAGCCAGCUCGAGAGUACGCUCAUACGAGUCCGAAAGAGACUAUAAAAAAUCCGCUUGUGACAGAGAACGAACCAGAAUGCGAGACAUGAACAAGGCUUUUGAUCUUCUAAGAAACCGUUUGCCCAAGAGUAAACCUCCCGGAAAGAAACUAUCUAAAAUCGAGUCAUUGAGAAUGGCCAUACGGUACAUAAGACAUUUACAAGCGAUCUUGGAGUAUGGACCAGAGUACGAAACCAAACUGUAUACUAUGCCGUCGUGUACCCAAUACCUACCUCCACCGACGUACUACGGUUACCAGCCACAAUAUGGUCAAUGUUGGAAUGCUGCAACAGACUAUCCUCCAAACGUAAACAACCAAUAUUAGUUAUUAGUUAUUACUUAUUAACAAUCACAUUACCAAGUUAUUCUUACCACCUAACGUAAUAAUUUGAACAUCACCUAUACAAUAAUGUUAUAGAUAGUUACUACUAUACAUUAAUAAAUAUGUACAUGAAUACCAAAAUGUGUCGUACGAUGUAUCAUAACAUUAUAUUCUCUUCAAAUUUAUGUAAGUCAUAGAUUUUCUUCCUAUUUCUUAAUUGUGUUUUUUUACUUUUCAAUAAUUUUAGAUUAUCUAAUAAUAUAACAACUAAAACAUACUAA